CUUUGCCACAACAUGGACUUUUUUCUUCCCACUAAUUAAGCUGAGUACGUACGAUGGUCGGAUGUAGGGCGUCCUAAAACACAGGAGCAGUUUCAUAAACUUUGAUUGAAACUAGACGAGAGCUUCGAGCUUCUCUCUCUAUAUAGCUAGUUCUGUGUAUGUCCUAGCUCUACCGCUCGUCGCAGGAAUAUGGGGAGGGCUCCCUGUUGUGACAAGGCCAAUGUUAAGAGAGGCCCUUGGUCUCCUGAGGAAGACCAGCAACUGAGGGAGUUCAUAGAGAAGCAUGGCACCGGUGGGAAUUGGAUCUCUCUGCCUCAGAAAGCUGGUCUGAGGAGGUGCGGCAAGAGCUGCAGGCUGAGGUGGCUCAACUACUUGAGGCCGAACAUAAAGCUCGGCGACUUCAAUGAGGACGAAGACAGGAUCAUCUGCAGCUUGGUGGCCGCCAUCGGAAGCAGAUGGUCGAUCAUCGCGGCUCACCUGCCGCGGAGGACCGACAACGACAUCAAGAACUACUGGAACACCAAGUUGAAGAAGAAGCUGCUGGGGCUACAACAGACACCGAACAUGAAGCCUCAGCAGCAGAUGCUGCCUUCGACCUACUACUACUCAGCAGUAUCGGCUCCGGCACCUGCAGCAGCAGCAGCAGCAGUGGCAGACUUGGUAGAAGGCAUUCCGAUUGCUCCAUGUUUCUGGAGUUCAUUCACAGCCUUGAACCACCAAAACGGUGGCGGCGACGUCAUCUUCGGAGGAGCUCAGUACGGCGGUGGGAGUGGAGAAGCAUCAUGGGGCCCCUAUAGCAGUGGGGCCAAGGCUACUGUCUGUGCAUCAUCGUCCAGGUCAUGGUCUCUGUACCAUUGCUGAGUGUGUGGUGACAAGAAAUACUUUCUUUAUAUGUGACGGUGCUUUGGGGAUGUGACCUACGUCGUAAAGCUUAGUGUGUGUGUGUGUGAGACUCUGCAUAAGUAGCGAUGGAUAAAUUUAUAAUGGAUUUUCCAUUGGCCA